AUGUUUCAGCUUUGGAAAGUUGUUCUCUUGUGUGCCCUGCUCACUGGGACCUCAGCAUCACUUCUUGGGAACCUUGGCAAUGACCUAAAAAAUGUUAUCAAUAAAGGACAUGAGAUCGUUGAGGAUACAGUUCAAACUGUGGCUGGAAACCUAAAGCAUGACCUUGACAGCCUUCAGAACUCCAAGCUUGGGCAACUGACUGAGCAGGUGUUACAGAAAGCUGAGGAUCUGUUGGCUGGUGCUGUUUCCAAAGUCUUGUCAGUUAAGAAGGACAUUUUGGGAUUGAAAGUCAGUAACGUCCAGCUCCUGGAUGUCAAACCGAAACUGACUUCUGAUGGCCAUGGACUUAACGUGAGCAUCCCCAUCAGCGCUGACGUCGAACUGGCCCUGCCUGUCAUUGGAAAUACAGCUGACCUGAAGCUCUCCGUGGACCUCCUGAACGGUGUCAGCAUUGAAACCCAGGAUGGAAAAUCCAAAGUGGCCGUGUCACAAUGCAUCAGCGACCCAGCUAGCAUCUCAUUGAGCUUGCUGGACAGACACACUGGCCUUUGCUCUAGUCUCACAGAUGCUGUGUCCAGCUUCCUGAGUGAGACGUUGUCCACCCUGGUGGAGAAGCAGGUAUGCCCAUUGGUCAGACUCUUUGUCAGCUCACUGGGUGUGGAUUAUAUACAGAAUACCAUCGGUAAGUCAUAG